AUGGGGACCUCUGAAAACUCCGAUUCCUCAGUCCAUAAUGAUGGUACACUUAUCACCGACGCCACCACAGACCUAAACGAUCGUGACAAUUCUGUUGACUUGAAACCGAACCCCAUCUCAGAGCAGGAGAUCUUGAUGAUGAAAAACAGUAAUUUUGAAUCUAGUUCUGGCUUUCCAAAUGUCAGAUCCUCACGGAACAGAGAUUUUGAUGAAAGGCACUUUAUACGCAGCAGGAAGAGUAAGAAACCAGGAAGUGAGACUAUACUCAGAACUUUCCGACGCAUGCGCAGUGUCAGUAUGUGUUACCCCCAUCAUAAUACAACAGCCUCUGAUUUCAUGGAGCAGCUACAGUCACAUCCUUACAAGGACGCACAUAAAGGCAUGUUUCACUUCAGCUGCUUUCUUGCUUGA